UUUUGAUGAUGCACCGGAAGUAACAGGGGUGACAUUUGUCAUUGGACGAAGACGAGAGCAUGUGUUUCCACACUUGAGCUGCUAAUUUCUCUUAAUAUCCUUUCACUGGUGUCAGAUUUAUGUAUUAAAGCGAAGACCGAGGAGGAUGAUGGCGACGCGGAGUUGUCGGUUCCUUCUCCAGCGGGGAGCUCAGCUCGUCUCUCCUCUGGCAGCAGCUGGACGCCCCGUCCCAUUGUUGGGUUGCGUCCGGACUGUGAAGACCACCACGUGGUUUGAAGAGCACCUGACGGAGGACAACCAGAAGUACAUGAGAAGCCUCCUGGGAGAGGAAUUCAGGACUCAGACGGCCGAGAAGCUCAACCCCCUCAAAGACGAGCCCUGGCCCCGACACGAGUGGACAGAGGGAAGUCGUAGAGUCGGCCUAGUGGCUGUCAAGUUGGGGAUGGCUCCUAUCUGGACUAAAACAGGAGAAAGACACCCGGUCACGUUGCUGCAGGUGCAAGAUUGCCACGUGCUGAAGUACCUCCCCAAAGAAGAGUUUGACGGGCGCACCGCUGCUCUCGUUGUAGGAGGGAAGAACGCGUCUCCGUUCCAUAAGGCAGAGGAAGAAAUGGAGAUGUUCAGGAAUGCAGGAGUUCCCCCUAAACAGAAAGUCACCAUCUUUAAGGUGUCGGACAAUGCAGUCAUCAAACCAGGCACGCCUCUGUACGCUGCACAUUUCCGCCCGGGUCAAUAUGUAGACAUCACAGCCAAAUCAAUCGGUAAGGGUUUCCAAGGUGUGAUGAAGCGAUGGGGAUUCAAAGGUCAGCCAGCCACCCACGGUCAAACCAAAACUCACCGCAGACCAGGAGCGUCUGGACCAGGAGGGGAUCCGGCCAAAGUCUUCAAAGGAAAGAAGAUGCCCGGCAGAAUGGGCAACACGUACAUCACGGCUCACGGACUGAAGAUAUGGAGGGUGAACACCAAGUAUAACGUGCUGUAUGUCCACGGCACCGUCCCCGGUCACAGGAACUGUCUCCUGAAGGUGAGAGACACUGCACUUCCAACCAGGCAAUCCUCUCUCCUCAACCCGCCUUUCCCCACCUACUUCACCGAAGAGGAGGGCGAUCUGGACGAAGAUCUGUACGAUGACAACCUGUUCGUUCACACAGAACCGUCCUUAACGCUGACCUGACCUUAGACUCACUCAGACCCCCCCCCCCCACCGCUAUAACAAUAUUUGUAUACUUGAAUAAAGAUUAUUCCUGAAA